GUACAAAUUACACAGUUUACAACUUCACAUCGACAGCUUAAAGUCACUCGAACUCGUAAUUGAUUUUUUGUAAAGGAACAUUUUCCAGAUGAUAUCACACAUAGUUUAAUUUCAUCAUUCCCCAAAAUUAGAAACUUUAACUUUAUUAAGUUUGAAAAAAGAAAAAGAAAAAGGCAAUUCCACUCCACACUCCAAUCCAAGCCGCCGCCUCUCCGCUCUCCACCACCACCGCUCAAAAUGCGCCUCCUCCUUCUCCUCUCGUCGGCGCUCCUCGCCACCUCCCACUACUUCCCCUCCACCCCCUCCCACUCCGACUGGAACCCCGCCCGCGCCACCUACUACGCCGCCACGGACCCCAUCGACGCCGUCGGCGGCGCCUGCGGCUACGGCGACCUCGUCAAAAACGGCUACGGAAAAGCCACCGCCGCCCUCAGCACCGUCCUCUUCGAGAAAGGCCAGAUCUGCGGUGCCUGCUUCGAAAUCCGCUGCGUGGAGGACCUCCGCUGGUGCAUCCCGGGCACCUCCAUCAUCGUCACCGCCACCAACUUCUGCGCCCCCAAUUUCGGCUUCGACGCAGACGCCGGCGGCAAGUGCAACCCGCCGAACUCGCACUUCGUCCUCCCGAUCGAGGCGUUCGAGAAGAUCGCCAUCUGGAAGGCCUCCAACAUGCCGGUGCAGUACCGGCGGAUACGCUGCCGGAAGGAGGGCGGCGUGAGGUUCACUAUCGGCGGCGGCGGAGUGUUUAUAUCGGUGAUGAUUAGCAACGUCGCGGGCGCGGGGGACCUCUCGGCUGUUAAAAUCAAGGGGUCGAGGACGGGAUGGCUGCCGAUGGGGAGGAAUUGGGGGCAGAAUUGGCAUAUAAAUGCGGAUUUGAAGAACCAACCGCUGUCGUUUGAGAUUACGAGCAGCGAUGGAGUGACGCUGCCUUCGUACAGUGUUGCCCCCAAGAAUUGGGAAUUUGGGCAAUCCUUUGAAGGCAAGCAGUUCAAUUCUUAGAUUUUAGGGUUUCGGAGAAGAUGCAAUGGCGGAAUUGAGUCGAUUAUUUGAUAUUUGGAUUACCAGAUUAUGAUUGUGAUGCGAAUUGAAUUGUUCUAUUAUACUCCUAGUGUUAUGUUUCUCCUAUUUUUCCGUAGCUAUUAUCAGAAAGGGGAAAGAAUUCAUCAACAAAGAGCCAAA